AUGUGGACAUUCUGGCAGGAUCAGAUCAAAGAGACUGAAGACACCUUCUACUACCUUCCCAAGUGGCCAGCGGACUUUUGUGUGGCCCACGGUAAUGGACCAUCUGCCGUAGAUUCUUCUCAUGCGGGGGUCAACGGCAGUGCCAAGCUUGUCUCGCCUGGCGAGGGCGAAAAUAUCCAUCAGAAGCCUCCUCUGGCAGAGUUCUUACUGGAACUCUUUGCUGAAUCGGUUUUGCUCACUAUCUGGUCAUCUUCGCACCUCACUGUUACCGUUGGGAAGGGUUCGCUGUGGUGUGUCGACCCACAAUACAGGCCAAACCUUAUCCAGGCCCUGAUGAAGACACCGUAUUAUUCUACACUGCAGCCCUUCUAUACACCACCAGCCUCACCUCCAAGUGCGUCACCACCUCCUCAUCACUUCACAUCGAUGUCCCCUCAGCAUCGAAGCUGCCUUCAGAAAGGUUCGGAUAUCGACGCAGCCACUGCUAUGAUGUUACUGAACUCAUCUCCGGAACAGAGACUUGCACAAUGUGGCCAGUCUAAGGAACACAGCCCAAUGCCAAGCCGAAAGCGGACUCACAAACGUGCACUUUCCAAGCUUGCGCCGAGUGCAGUGAAAACAAACGAAACCAUACACAGGACAAGGGAGGGCCUGGUCACGCCUCCAUCGCAUCAGACCGGCCAACGCCUAUCUGGGUUAUCGGACGUUAGUGGCGAUCCGAAAGAAGAUCACAAUUACAGCGCAAACGGGGCUGGCGCCACCUCCCAGCGCAGCGAGUCCAGGUCCAGUAUUUCGUCCUUCUCCUCUGUUGAGGAGGUCUACGCGUGUGUCCCGAAAGCCAGCCGCGGGGGCAGCGAUGGCAGCGAUGGCUUCCACAGCGAUGAGUCUGGAGUUGAAGACUGCGAGGACGAAUCAAGUGACCCGCUGGGGCCCAGAGUUUACAAAGCCCAGCGUCGGGCCAGCAGUGGCUCUGGGACACUGCACUUGCCCGGGAAAAGCUGUAAAGCGGCACAGCACGAGGUUGACGACGAGCUGAAGGAGGCAGCCGGGUCGCUCCUCCACCUCGCCGGGAUCCAUAUGUGCCUGGAUUCUUUGGUCGGUAAACCGGGAAAGAGCCGGAGUGAAAAACGUGGAGUGAAAUAGCCACCCACUUCUCUCCAUUCCCCAAUUCCCUUCCCCCUGCCAUUGUGUGCAAAAUGUGGCAAUAUUUCUUCAUCGGAAAUCUUCUCAGAGGAAGACAAAAGCCAUACUAUGACUGAGGCUGUUUUUGCCCGGCUACAUAAACUGCCAUGUGCUGCAUCUUUCUGCAAACGAGAAUUUCCUCGUGGGUGGCACAUGUUCUUAAAGUGGACUUUAUGGGAACCAUCACAUGCAAUGUAACUGCCAUGCAUGUCAAAAGUAGGUGUUCAGACCUUGUUUUAUUGGUUAAAUUUUCAAGUAGUGGUUGGAGAGGCACAAAAGUGUUUUCUUUUUAAUAUAUAUUAAAAAUGGGGGGAGGGGGGGGGUUAAACCUCACUAUUCAGAGCAAGAAGGGGUGUGGGGCUUUGCAAUAUUUCCAGCAUUUUGAGAUAACAGUGUACGUCUCAAAUCCAGCAGGUUGGUGACAAUAUUUAAAACCUUAAAACUCUCUACCACAUAAGCAAACUCUUUCCCACUCAAGUCCUUGGUUCCAAGAGAACAGUUACAGUACAUCCCUGCCAAUUUGAAAUAAAGUUUUAAGAAAAUUCAAAAUUGUCCAUGUUUUAAUAACCAGUGACAGGGCUGCACUUAACAUUUAAGUAAAAUUUUAAAAUUGCUAUGCAGUUGGGUUAUAAUUUUUUUAAAAAAAAUGUUUUGGUGCAUUUUUGUGGUUUCUAGAGAACAGUACGAUAGACAUUAUUCGUUGGGAGGGAGGAAUUUAAAAAAAUGGCUGCUUUUAAAUACGAAACUUUUCAAAAAAGAAGCCACCUCAAAUUUACAUAAAAUGCAUAGUGAAUAACUCUGCCAUCCUCAUCUGGGGACUCGCCUGGUAGUGGAGUAAUUUUCUGGGGGUUCAGUGUACCUCUGCCAACAGCUCGGAGCACAUAGAAUGGGGUCAGCCUGCCGAGGGUGGUAGCUGCGUUUACAUGUACAAAGUUAAACUCCGUAACACAUGUAUACACGAAAAGCAAAAUAGCAGGUGUGGUGAGGUGCAAGACUGUGAUCCAAUUCAGGGGGCGGGAGCUUGGGGGUGUUUUAUAAAUGAGUCGGUGGUCAAUGACACCCUACUUUGCUUUGCGACUCACUAUCGGAUCGCUUAAUAUACUGUUCUUGUGUUUUUCAUUGUAUGCCAUUCUGUGGAAGUUUUUUUACUCUUGUUUCUCUGCACCAGACACUUCACUGAGAAGGGAACAGUAACAUGAUCUGUCCUGCACCCAAAUCAAGGUAGAACCAUUUGAGUUGUCUUUCUGUGUACCCUUCCUGCUACUCCCCCUCCCUCAUCCAGUUCAGCAUUUUCACCACAUGGGUUUGAUUGAAACAGUAAUCUUGCCAUAUUGCUCAUGCAAAUCCAUCUCCUGCUACUCUAUGGUACAGAGCAUUGCUGCCACAAGUGCAAUCCCUCACCUCUAGCCCAAUCAAAUCUCAGGGAAUGGUUUAAUAGUACAAAACAUUCAUCAAUUCUGAAACCUUUCCAAAGCCCUGUCCACCAGCAUUAACCAAUUCCAACUCUGUUUUGGUUUGGGUCGAGCUGGUGCAUUUUCUAAUCUGAUUAGAUACCAUUUAUUUUCCUGCAUUUGCUGACAAGAGUCCUUGGCACUGGGGUGCUUCCUCCUUCUGUUCUCUUUACCAAUAAGCAGUAUGGUAUUCUGUCACUGCUGAUGUAAUGUGCAUUGCUUUUGUCUCAACCCGCUCAUACAGAACCCUCAUAAAAUGUAAAUAAAUCUUCAUGGAAAACCUGAUCAUUACAACCAGCUUUGAUCUCAGGUGUACAGGACUUUCAGAAAUUGUAGGUCUAACACUACAAAACAAAAUGCUACUCCAUUUUAAGGGUCAGUGGAAGAGGAAUAUUAUUUUGGAGGAAAUACAUGAGGAUAUGGCAAAUAAUAUGUUUGAUUAGCUCCAGGAUAUGCAAGUACUAACAGCAGUGGUGGGAGGGAGGCUGGGCUCAUUGCCAGUGCCAGAUGCAUAUUAUCGUUUCUCGUAAUUCCGAAUUAAAAGGUAAACCUCCUUUGACUUGGGAUCAGUCAAAUGUGAGCAGUUUUGUUGGUAUUGCUAUUGGGGAGAGAGUGAGGGAUUCGUGUCCAAAUAAUGGUACAGAUAUGAAACCAUUUACUAGUCCAGUGUUGAAGUACACGGUGUACCGAGGGAGAGUGUGGGUGGAGAGUUUUCAUUUUCUGUGUGUACCAUUGUAGGAAACGUUGCAUCAUGGAUUUGAGCUGCUAGUUAAUGCAGUCAUUUCCUGACGGUAAUCUCUUUGCCAGAUUUCAGUCAAUCACCAAGUGUUUUUACAACGUAAAGGAAAAAAAAUCCACAAUGGGGUAAUGUGCAUCUGUGUUUUACAAACGAGGACAUGUCUGAUGCAGCUUUUAGAUAGAAUCCUGGGAAGUGGUUCAUCAGCAUCGUAUACGUGUGGAAUGUGGCUCUUCACAGGUUUUCAUGACUGAGUGAGGUUGAUUUUUCCCCAUCCGUAUGAAUGAAGAGAAACUGAGGACAAACCAGACUAGGCCUGUUGCACAGCACCUAGUUGCUGGUAUUGCAAGUGACCCAGGAAUAGUUCACCUCCUGGUCUUUAGAUAGGGAAUGAUACAGUGGCGUGUCAGACAAUUUUAAAGCACAAUAGUUUGAAAGUUCCUGAGCUUGUUCAUCACUCCUUUGGGACCAAUUCCAGAUGUUGCUUUUUUCAACAGCACAAACUCUUUCUGACAGCAAAAUGAUUCAAUUGCAUGUAAAGUCCCCCUUUGGGUCUAGAGGUGUGAUACACAAAUAGCAAUAGCAUUCAACUGGGGUAUUUUUAAAGCUUCUUUGUCACCAGAACGUUUUAAGUUACCUUUUUUUUACCAAUCCACCUUUUCCUCCUCAGAAUCUUGCUAAAACACUCAACAGGGGAAUACAUUCCCUCUAGAUUCUCAUCAUCAUCAUCUCAUCACACCGUUCCUCUUUGCUGCAAAUGGUUUCUUCAUUCAGCAAAUGGUUCCACAUCAAACUUUGUGUUUUUAAGAUCCGAGAUUUAUUGGCACGUUUCCUAAGCUUCCAGCACCACCUCCUCCUCUCUGCAUUCAGAAGAUGUGACAGGAGGUGGUCUGUCCAGUCAAUUGAAAAGUUAAUUGUGGCAUUGAACUCCUCUGUGUUGUGAUACGUCUAUACAUCUAGGAGCACUUGCCAAAAAUCGUCUUCCUUUUUAAUGCAAAUCGCAGUGUACUUAAAUACACAUAGGAAAUAGCUGUGACCAUACACACAAAUAAUAGCCUGACCUAGGAAUCUCCCAUCCUUGAAAUGAGCGUAACUAAUCUUCCAACACACCUGGGAAGAUCAGCUGGGCUUCUUGAACGCUGAAGAAUACUUCCUAUUGUCCUAUAGUUUUUUCUUUAAAUUAUAUCAUUACUUUAAAAAAAAUGUACAGCAAAGAUGCAGAGUUUAGAAAACAGUUUUUUUAAAAUAUAAAUGAAACUCACCUAUAGAAUGAACAGAUUUCAAGAUGGCUGACCAUACCAGCACACAAAAUGGUUCCUGGUCUCAGAAACAGGGAUAUACUGGUUACCUGCCUUUACUUUGCCAUCUGGUGGUCAGCAAUGAUGUCUCAUUAAGGUUUUUUUUAAAUAAAAAAACUCUGCCAUUUCCUCAUUUUCAAAACUUAUGUUUACAGAGUUUCUUGUUGCUAAAACAGCCACAGAUUUUACCUAAAUCCACCCAAGUGUAACAUAACUUCUUUAUUAUAAUAAUAAUCCUUGCAUUUGAUAUGGCGCCUUAUCAUGUCU